AUGGUGCUGCAGGAUCAUCAGGGCCUCACCCCUCGCAUGCGUGCAAUCAAGCAGAACCAGCUGGGAGCAGCGAAGGUGCUGCUGAAGCUGGAGCAGCAGCAGGCGGGAAGGCGUCAGUCGGGUGUGCCCAGCAGCAGGCAUUCACGCCGCGAGCACGCUGAAGCCCCGGGGACUGCUCCAGCCUCCACAGCUGCUGCCGAGGCUGCAGCCGAGGCUGCUGCUGCCCAGCUGCUGGCAGAGGAGGAGCUCCAGAAGCAGCAGGCGGCCAGGCAGGCGGCCAAGGCCUCCAAGCGGCAGCGACAGAAAGAGCGGCAGCGCCAGCGGGCUGCUGUGCCGGCCGGAGAGGCGGGCGAGAGUGCCGCAGGCCAGGCAGCACAGACGGGACACCAGAACAAGAAGCAGCGGCAGCAGCUGGAGGCGGCAGCGGUGCCGAUGACAGCGCCGAGCUGGCGCUACUGCUGCAGCAGCUGGGGCGAGCUGCUGUGCCCCAUCACCCAGGAGCCGAUUCAUAACCCCGUGGUGGCGGCGGAUGGCAACCUGUACGAGCGAGCCGCCAUCAAGGCCUGGAUUGCGCGUCAGAAGGCUGCUGGGCAGGCGCCCUGCUCCCCCCUCACCAAUCUGCCGCUGGAGCACUUGAUGCUGACCCCUGUGCGGGCGCUGCGCAGCCUGGUGGCGGGAGCCCAGGCGGCGGGGCUACUGGAGUGA